AUGCAUCGUAUCGUCAAAUUCAUUUUGGACUAUUCAGGUCUCGAGGUGGAUUUCGUCAGGAUUACCAAUGCAACAGCAGACACCUUCGUGAUAAGCGUCUCGGCUCUAGUGACCGGGACCGGACCCAUCUCAGCGACAGUGUCUCCCAUGGAAGUCGACCUCGUCUUCAGGGGCGCCCGCUUCGGCAAGCUUCAACUGCCCCAGAUAAUGACCCGACCCGGCGGCUCGCGGGUCGAAGUCCGCAACCAGACGGUCAGGGUGCUCGAUCUGGCGGCCUUCCGGGCCUUCGUGCGGUCGGCCGUCGACGACGAGUGGCUCGUUCUGACGCUCGACAACGGGCCGUGCUGCGUCUCGGCCGUCGGCGUGACGGGCCGGUGCGUGUACAGCAAGGACGUCCGCAUCCGGGCCAUGGGCGGGCUGGCCGCGCGCGUCGUCGACGUCUCCGGCGUCUCGACCACGUUCCUCGUGACCAACCCCAGCCCCAUGGAGAUCGACCACAGCGUCAGCGUCUUCGAUGUCCAGGGCGGCGGCGGCGAGGUCUUCGCGCGGCUCAGGGGCCCCGUGGCUAUCAGGCGGGGGGAGUGCGAGGUGACCAUGGCCAUCAGCCGGGAGCCGCGGAGGCCGACUAGCAAGGACGCGAGACUGGUCGGGGUGAGGACGGAAAAUGAGGCCUGGACUACCGACACGAUCAAGUUUAUCCAGAUGCCGCUCGAGCUGACGGAGAGGUUCCUCUUAUAUUUCUCGCCUUUCUAG